AUGGAAGAAACGUUUCUUAUUUUUUUCUUUCUUUCGUCGAUAAUUUUUCUCGUGAGCAAGCCGAAGACUCUGUUGCAGCAGAGCAUAGUGUUUCCACUUCUGAAUCUAGGAACCCUAGCUCUUCAGACUAUCUGCAAACCCAUCGCUAAUCGCCUCAAAAAGGAAGCUGGAGUCAACCCUAGAUUCCGUCAAUUCAUCAUCAACAUUGCACAGGUUGCAGGUGCUGCUCUUGUCUAUGAGGUGCAGAAAAAUUCCAGAGGAGAAGCUAGAAAAGAAGAGAAGCGACAAGAAGAACUACAGGAAAUCAGACGCAAACAUGCGAAGAUGGAGAAUGAAAUCGAAGAGCUGAAACGAAGAUACCAAGAUUUGUCGCUGAAGAUUGCUGAAGAGAUGGAAGAGAUGAAGCAAAGACACCAUGAGUGCUAAAAAUAAACAAAAGCUCCAAAGAUGAUCCGUUACUUUGCAAGCUGUUUUAGCUUUGCUUGUAAAUAGUUUCAGAUUCUGAUGCUGAAACCUCUGAUUAUGUUCCAUCUCGAAAACGCCUUCUUGGUUAAGACUGAGAAAGACAGAGAGGAAGCAAUGGACCCUGGAAGCAUUGGUUUUAAGUUUUAACACUGGGGAGCCUCAGAUACAGCUCUACUUCCUUCUCGGUCUUGUCUAUGCUCCUGUGACACCAAUGCUUCUUCCUUUUAUCUUGGUCUUCUUUGCCCUUGCUUACAUUGUGUAUCGUCGUCAAAUCAUAAAUGUAUACAAUUAAGAAUACGAGAGCGCUGCAGCGUUUUGGCCAGACGUUCAUAUAUGGACGUGUCGUAGCGGCAUUGAUAACCAGAUAGGUUAACUGCAGAAGAGAAGAGAAGAGAUAUGUGUUCCUUCAGGCUUCGAACAUCUUACUCAUAAGUCAUAAACCAAAAUUCAAAUUCUUAUUUACAGUGAAAGGAAUUCUCUAGAGGUUGUUCUUGAUUUUUGUAUUAAGUAAUAUUAUAAUAAAACAUUA